AAAAAAUAAAAUUCAUGGAAAUAAAAUUGACUAGUUGACAAACCAGAUAUUCCAAAUUCCGAAAAUUAUCAAAGAUAGAUGCAUGAAUUCCACGUUUCCAAACAUCCACCUUUCCGGAAAAUGAAUCAACAACCACAUUUCAAUUCCCCAUCCUCUAGGUUAAAUUAAAAAUUAUAAUAAAAACCAAUCUCAAUUCAAUUCCAAGUGGCCCUUCUCCUUCCAAUUAUUAUUAUUUUCUCUUUCUCAACUGCCAGACACUUUCAUUAAUCUCUCUCUCGGCUGCCUUUGUUGAUUAGGGUUUGUCCAAUUUAUAAAUCAAGUUGAAAUAAUUUGAUAAUAAUAACAACAGUAAUAGAAAUCAAGACUUUCUUGUAAUGUAAAUAAUUAGGGCUUCUAAUUUGUCCCAAUGUUGAGCUCUUCUUGCUCUCACUCUCUAUCUCAACGGUCUCCAAUUCUCCUUCCCUCCAUUUCCAGAGUUAGAGUUAUUAAUCGACCUGGGAUUUUGAGUCCUCCUCUCGUAACCCGUAAUGUUCGGAUCUUUGAAUCCAGUUCUAAAUUAUCAAAGAAUAAAUGGAAAAUUUCCUGUUUUAAACAUGAGGAUUUUUCUCCGGUAAAUCCUAAGUCUGAUGAUGUUGAACACUGUUUACCUGAGAAACUGGCGAAGCAGCCUGAACUUGAUAAUAAUUCUACUGAUGUUAAAAGGGAUUGGAUAACGACUCUUCAAGAGAAAUGGAAACUUUCAUGUUUUAAGCGUGAGGAUUUUUCUCCAGUGAAUCCCAAGUCUGAUGGUGUUGAACACUGUUUAACUGAUAAACUGGUGAAACAGCCCGAAAUUGAUAAUAAUUCUUCUGAUGUUAAAAGGGAUUGGAUAUCGACUUUUCGAGAGGCUGCAGGUGUAGUGUUCCAGGCAAUUGGGAGCCAGUGGACUGUACCCUGGACAGCAGAGACCAUAAUACAGGUGAUGCUUCUCUGGGUUGUCUCAUUCUGGUUUAUAGGGUCCUGGGUGAUUCCUUUUGCAGCCCACAUUGCAGGUUUCAACAAGGAAUCUCUGACAUUUAGAGGACAAGCUUUGUUCAGCCUUGUGACCGAUGUAACUGAAGGCCUAGCUGGAAUUGCAAUCCUUCAUCGCUGCCUGUCUCGAUUUCGUCCCCUUCCAUCUGAUUGGUUUAGGUUUAGCCUAAAAGGUAAUUGGGCCUGGCUGUUGGAUGUUGCUCUUGGAUGCUUCAUGUUUCCCUUGAUCAACCGGCUUUCUCAGGUCAAUCUUAGCCUAUUGCCCAUUCUGCCUUCCGCACCAGUCACUCUCUCAAGUGUUGAGCAAUCUAUUGCGGCACGGGAUCCAGUGGCAAUGGCACUGUACGCAAUAGUGGUUUCAGUGUGUGCUCCUGUAUGGGAGGAAAUACUCUUCCGGGGUUUCCUUCUACCUUCCUUAACCAGGUACAUGCCUGUAUGGUGUGCUAUCCUGGUGAGUUCAAUUGCCUUUGCUCUAGCACAUUUCAAUGUACAGAGAAUGCUGCCGCUUAUUCUUCUCGGGGCAGUGAUGGGUGUUAUUUUUGCAAGGUCGAGGAAUUUAAUGCCAUCUAUGCUUUUGCAUAGCCUUUGGAAUGGCUUUGUGUUCUUAGAUUUGAUGAGAUAAUUUAUUAGCAUUGUACUCCACAUAUAGAUCAUUAAUCAGUUGAUUAAAGCAAGGAACCAUAGAUCUGGGCUGAUAUUGUGAGCUAUAUGCUUUUGUGAAGGAUGCUGAGCAUCAGGCCCGUGAGAAACCUUGCUGUUUGGCAAAUGUUGAUCGACACUCAGCUCCAGAAUGCUUUAUAGGUCCGCCAACAAAGUGCAAGUAGUAUUGACAGAGAUUGAUAGGCCAUUCAAUAAUUUGUCCAAUUUAUAGAAAUAGUCCAGUGCAUGUGCAUCUUUCAUGUCUGUAUUCUGUAAUUAUACCAGGGACAAAAGGAAAAUAUUAUUCUCUUGGCCCGCAGAGAUCUUACUUGUCGACAUUGUAAAACUCUUAAUUCACUGACUACUUUAAUUUGUCCUUGUA